GUGCAAGCCUGAAACCAUCCCACGAUGGAAUUUGAUUGGUCGAUUGAGUCAUAAGUUGACCUCCCCAGUGCAGCCGCACCGUUUGGGUUCGUUCAUUGGCACCUCAGCCGGGCGGAGAUUGGUGGCGAUGCACUUGGUAGGAUCCAAACUACUACUACUACUCUGGAAGCGUGAACAUCAUGAGUUCUGAAGCAACUGGACAGACGAUAACAGUGAAGACAGAGGAAGCAGUAGCUGCUGCGCCUGGUCCUGCUCCGGGGAGAGGGGAAUGGAAGUGCCCUAUGGGUGAUCAUCAUGUCCACAGAGAUGAUGUGAGAAAGGCUUGGAAAGAGUGCCAGGAGGAGAGCUUCUGGUACAGAGCUCUACCCUUCUCUGUGGGCAGCAUGGCCAUCACUGGUGGUCUCAUCUACAACGGCAUCUGGCAAUCAUCAAAGAGAUUUGGACCCUUCCCUAAACUAGCAGUUGCUGGGAUCCUUGGUUAUGCAGCAGGGAAAGCAUCAUAUGCUGGAACUUGUCGAGGCAAGUUUAAGGAGAUUGGCCUUGGGGAUGGACCAGGAUUUGGACCAGGAUUUGGACCCUGGUCUGAGGGACGUCGCGGUGGACCUUUCAAGAACUCUGGUCAUGGACACAGAUGCCACCAUGUGUGUGAAGAAUGUAAGAAAAAAGGUGAAGCUGCACCUGUAGAAGAAGUGAAGAGCUAGAGCUUCUUCACAAACACCUCGGGACUGACUGACUGUGUGGAUCUAUCAUUUGCAGCUUUUUCUUAUGUUAUAAAUAGUGCAUAUAAUUUGUCUAAAGUGUCUUUUAAUCUAGUUAGAUCCAUCAUGCCAGACUCAGACUCCUUCAGGAGGAACCAUGCACAGAUUUGGCACUAGAGGGAGCUACUGUCCCUUAAGUCAUAGACCAUUUGCACAUAUUUCCUGUUUUUUUCCUGGUUUUGAACAAGUACUAGUUCAUUUGCAGAAAUAAAAUUUGUAUCUUGGGAGUGCAA